CAACAUUGGACUGGCGAAGGGUAAACAUACCUAGAAUCUUUGCGAUAUUUUGAAAGAAGCAAAUUUUAGCUUAUAAUCAUGCCAGAAUCAUCGUAAAAUAUGAUAGUGCAAGUGCGGCAUGUCUCCAUCUACUUGUUUUCGGUUUUCAUCUGUUCGAUAAGUUUGUUCUGCUAUGGGUUCUUCCCGCUGUCGUUUUCGCCGUCCACCAAGUCCGCCCCGUCGAAUUUGCCCGGUUCGAUGGACAGUCUCAGACUGGAUCCGGACGGGUACAAACCGCGCAAUUCGCGCGCCGUCCUGAUGGUGAUCGACGCGCUGCGAACCGACUUUGUCGCCCAGCGGGACAACAUGCGCUUCCUGAACGAGCUGCUGGCGAACGGAAGUGCCUGCCAGUACCAGCUGCAGGUGCACCCGCCGACGGUCACGAUGCCCCGCAUCAAGGCCAUCACGUCGGGCGCGAUUCCGAGCUUUCUGGACGUCAUCCUGAACCUGGGCAGUCCGGAGAUGAAGCUGGACACGUUUCUGUACCAGAUGCAGCUGAAGCAACGCCGGGUGGUGUUCUACGGGGACAAUACGUGGACCAGUAUGUUUCCGGGGUUGUUUGCGAGGCAGGGCGAGAACGUGGACUCGCUGUACGUGAACGAUUUCUAUGAGGGGGAUAAAAAUAUCACGAAAAAGAUGCGACUCGAGUUUGGGAACUACGACUGGAAGAUGAUGAUUCUUCACUUUUUGGGGUUGGACCAUAUUGGGCACGUGGAAGGACCGUUCAGCGAUAAGAUUCCGGGCAAGUUGCAGGAGAUGGACGAUGUGAUCAAAGAGAUUUACGGAGCGAUGAUCAAGUGGAACGAAAAGUAUUACACUAAGCCGCUGCUGGUGAUAACCGGGGAUCACGGGAUGCGUGACUCCGGUGGUCACGGCGGGUCGACCUACCCGGAAACGCACGUGCCGCUGCUGGUGGUUGGCAAUAGCUGUAGGAAAAGUGACGAACUGUUUCUGCAAAUUGACUUGGCGCCGACGUUCGCCACCCUGAUGGGCGUCGUAAUUCCACAUUCCUCGAUCGGAUCGCUGAUCGAUCCGAUGUUCAACGAUGUGCCCUCGGUGGACCGCGUUUACGCCGCACAUUACAACACCCGAAGACUGAUUGAGAAGGCGCAGGAGUUUUACAAGGACAAUCUUAAGGAGCAGGAUUUCUACGUUCAGUACAAAGAGGCGAAACUGCUUCAUGCGAUGUUUUUGGAACAUCGCGACGAUCUUGUGAUAUUGGACAAAGUUUUGAGCAAAUAUGCGGCGAUUAGCAAGCACUUGUCGAGGUUGCUGAUUAAAAAUUACAUUCGUUACGAUAUGCUUAGUAUAGUGAUUGGAAUUGCAUUGAGUGUUAUGACAACAAUUUUAGCUGUAUUACUCAUGAUCAUCCCGCACACUUCAGAGCAAGUCGAAAUCAAACCAAAACUAUUCAUUUGGAUGACCAUCGCUGCGAUCGCAUUCCUAGCAAAGAUCUUCCUAAAGAAGUACUCAAUCACUGAAUCGAGCCUACUCCAAAGCACGUACAUCAACCACAUUCUGCUCGUAUCGCUUUCGAGCUUAACCACAAUCCACUACAGUUUACUAGUUGGCUUACUCCCGCUCCUCAGCCGUACCAACUGGCUCAAACAAACCCGCGGACUGCCGAGCUACCUGCUCCUCUUCGGAUGCUGCUUCCACACACUCUCCCUCGCAGCCAGCUCCUUCAUCGAGGAGGAACAUCAAACCUACUACUACUUCACCAACACCCUCUUCCUUCUGCUAACCCUCACGGAAAUCCGCAUCAUGAACGCCACGAUCGCCCAGGUUGACCAGGUCGCCAAAUCGUCCAACGAGGUUCUGCUCGAGCACUGCCGCCGCGAACGGGACGAGUUCUGCAUUAGUGCGGGUCUGUUCUUCGUCGGCCACAUCGUUCUGCGCCGAUUCAACCAAACCGGCGACAAGUGGCAACACCUGCCGGACAUUGGCGACUGGCUCGGCCGGGACGGGAACCGGGUUUGGUUGAGCGUGGUGCUGGCCGUUGGACUGUGCUACCUGUUGGUUGCUGUCGCGAAGUUCUCCGGCUUUCUGACGAUCGUGCUGAGCGCGACUUCGUGUCUGCUGGUUUACUACUACCGGCUCAUGACGGGGGUCGUGGGUUUGUUUGGAGUUGCUCCUGCCAAAACCAACAGCUGCCUCACCAUCUUCUGGAUCAACCUCCUCGAGAUCUUCUUCAUCGCGUUUCUACCAAAGCUGUACCGAGCGGUGCUGGCCAAACCAGCGCCCAAGUCUAGUCAACUGCUGGCCAGCUUGAUCUGUAUCGUAGCUCUGCUCUCAGCCCUGCUGCACAAACCUCACAACGUGGUUCUGCUGGCAGCGCUCUUUUCGUCGAGUCGCUACCUGGUGGCCCGAAUCGAUCACAUCGCCGAGAGCAAGGCGGAAAAUGUGCUGCUCAAGUGCGUGGCGCACGUCUGGCUGGGGAAGUUGUUCUACUUCUAUCAGGGCAACUCGAACAGCCUCGCCACGAUCGACCUGAACGCGGGCUACGUCGGCCUGGCCAGCUUCGACUUUACCCGGGUCGGACUCUUCCUCACCCUGAACACGUUCAACGGGCAGAUUCUGAGCUUCCUGCUGCUCGUUUACCACAACAUGCGGGGUUGCGUGAGCGAUUCCGUGGACAAGACGAGCCACGUCGAGCAAAGUAAAACGCUAGUCAGCCAAACGAUGCUCAAGGUGCUGAGUUUGGUCGUGAUCGGACCGUUGACGUUCUACGUGAUCGUGGUGGCGCUGAUGAGGAAUCACAUUUUCGUGUGGACCGUCUUUUCACCCAAGAUCAUCUACGAUUGCUUCUACAUGGGACUGACCGGAGUACAAAUCGCGAUCGUUUACUUUACAUUUUAACUGUGGGGGAGUUCGGAACACUAAUCAACGCUGCUGCCAAAACCGUAAGAGUAUAAAAUAGUCAAUUUAUUUAAACGUAAAAAGGGA